UGACAACCUUAGCCACAAAAUUGAAGAGGUGACACGCAAAACAAAUCCAUUUCAACUUGAUGGAGAAUUUGUGGUUUUCAGAAAUGCUGAGCAAAGAAAUCAUCCAACCAUAGUCAAGUACAUAAUAGGGGGCAUGGCAGGACUUGAAGGACCUUUCUAUGCGUGAUGACUGAUGAGGAUCCAACACCUUCCAUAGAAGAAAAGCUAUUUACGAUCUUUAAUUAUCCCGAUGGAAUUGCAAGUGGAAGCCGGAGAGAAGGAAAAUUAGUAGAAGAGAUAUCAAUACAACAAUUUGGAAGGUCAAAGGAAUUUGUCAAUUCAGCAGCUGAUGCUUUGGAAGGGAGUGCAUAUUUUGCUAAUGAUAUUCAUUCCAACUUGAUUGAGGCAGCAACCCAAGUUGCUGAUUGUGGAUAUGAAUAUGGCACUUGCUGGGGUGAACAGAUGGGGUGGUUGUAUGGAUCAGUCUCAGAAGACAUACCAACCGGGUUGAAUAUUCAUAGAAAAGGUUGGAGAUCAGAGUGUUGCAUCACAGAUCCAAUUGGCUUCACAGGAUGUGUUCCUGGAGGAUUAGUCUCUACAAUGAUACAACAAAAGAGAUGGUUCUCGGGUCACACUGCAGUCUUAUUUGGAAAGCAUUCUCCAAUUAUGGGCAUGCUCUUUGGUAAGAUCCAAUUCAGGGAAGCCUUGUCAUAUAUGUGGCUUAUCACCUUGGGUUUGCGAGGUCCUUUCCUAGUUUGUUAUGUUGCACUACUUACACAUUGCAUCAUUACCAACACCAAUAUCUUUCCUAAGGGACUUGGAAUUUGGAUUGCAAUUGCUCUUUUUGUGAUUUACAAUGUACAUACUCUAGUAGAGUAUCUUGCAAUUGGGUUGUCAAUGCGACAUUGGUGGAACGGUCAGAGAAUGUGCAUAAUUAGAACUACGACUGCAUCGUUUAUUGGAUUUUUGAGUGGCAUGCUUAAGCUAUUGGAGAUAUCUGAUACUGUGUUUGAAAUAACAGAGAAGGAACACCAAACUUCUGGUGCUGAUGGAGACAAUGUUGAUGCUGGAAGGUUCACAUUCGAUGAGUCCCCAGUUUUUGUGGUAGGCACAACCAUUUUGGUGAUGCAUUUGAUAGCCAUGUUGAUAAAGUUUUUGGGGUUGCAACGUACUCAUGGUGGGAAUGAGUGUGGUCUAGGGGAAUUCGUCUGUUGUACGUAUGUGUUGGUGUGUUACUAGCCAUAUUUGAAAGGGCUGUUUGGAAGAGGAAAAUACGGGAUUCCUCUAUCCACCAUUUUCAAGUCAGUGGUGUUUGCAUAUGUCUUUGUGCACUUCUCUAGAAAUAACGUUAUCACUUGAUAACUUCAAUUUUCUGUAGAUGUUCUCAUGUUUUUUGUAUUUUGACCGUAUUAUGUAUUAGUUAUUAAUGAAUGGAAGGUGCUAAAAUUACUUCGGACACUAACAUCACUUUUAGCGCCUCUGCCUAGAUAAUAUUGAA